CGGAUUCGUUCGAUAUAUUAAAAACCAUUUCCACGGCCUCGGACAACAUGAGUGAAGUGAGGCCCUGUUUGACCUGCUUCCGGAAAACGGACAACUAUCUCCGCAUAGCGGACGACACCAACGCAGACGAUGUGGAACGAAUCGUGACAACUCACUUCUGGUUCUCGGAAAACCAAUGCGUCCAGAGUGUUCUUUGUACUAGUUGUUGGGAGAAAAUUGAUGAUUUUCACAAGUUCUACAGUGAGGUCAAAAGAGCUCAUAUGGAGCUGACCGACACGAUUGAGGUGCAAAUCAAGGUGGAACCUUUGGAUCAACCGUUGGAUUCGGUUAAACACGAAGAAGGAGUGGAAGUCGUUGCCGAUGUACUGGAAGUCGCCGACGUACUUGAGACGGACGAAAAGCGUAGAGAAUCGUCCUCCGCGGAGGUGAAAGACGAACUGAAAGCCGAAGCAAAAUCACCUGCUGAAAUUCCGUCGAAAGCCAAAAGCAGGCGAGGAAGGAAAAGGAAAGUUUCCCUCUCCGAGUCUGAGGAGGAAAAGGAGCAGCCGGAAAAGGUCUCGCAAGAGGAACCGCCGGUCGCUGUCCAGGAAAACGACUCACUUUGUACGUCGGAUGAUUCCGAUUGGGAACCCCCGCAGGACGACGAUUCCGGUGAAGAGCUGAAAAAAUCCAAACAAAAGAGGACUCGUACGGUUAAGCAGCCCAGAAAGAAGUAUGCCCCGAGAAAACCUCGAAAGGCCAAGGAAGAACGGGCGAUUAAUUGCAAGACGAAAGAGGAAAUUUCUAAGGAGGAUGAGUUUAUUCAAAAAUAUUGUCCUAUAUUUUGUCAUAAGUGUGAGUUUAAUUCGAACACUUUUGGGGAAUUGCAAGCUCACACUAAACGGGUGCAUAAUUGCAAUCCGAUGAUUGUUUGCUGCGAGCACAAGUUCUACAAGCGAUCGUUUCUCUAUCAACAUGCUCAGUAUCACGAAAACCCGGACAUGUUCCGUUGUGAACCGUGUAAGAAAACAUUCAUCAGUGGGCUGGCACUGAAGUUGCAUAUGGAUUAUACCCACGUGGCCGAGGAGGAGAAAAUCUACAAGUGUGAAAUUUGCCAAGCAAGCUUCGCUAAGCACUAUCAUUUGACCUCACACCGGAUGAAGCAUACGUCGAUUGCGGAGAAGCGCUUCUACUGCGAAUCGUGCGACAUAGCUUUCCGGACGAAUCAAUCCUAUCGGACGCAUCAGCACUCGAAGCACGGAGCUGCGGCGAAGUACGUUUGCGACAUUUGUGCUCGCGGAUUCCGGCAGCGGUCAGAUUUGGUUACGCACCAGUUGUCGCACAGUGCCGAAGGGUUGGAGCAGCUGAAGAUCCAGUGCGAACACUGCCACAAAUGGAUGAAGAAUAAGAAAUCCAUCUGGACCCAUCGGAGGAUCUGCCAGAGCUCCGGACCGGUUGCGUGCGACAUCUGCGGUAAGAUGGCUCCCAAUCCGGAGCAGCUCAAGAGUCACAAGAAGUUUAUGCAUCAGGAUCAGCGCGUUCACCAGUGUGGCUACUGCGAGAAGGCGUUCAAGCGACCGAUUGAUUUGAAGGAACACGAAACGAUUCACACCGGUGAGGUGCUGUACACGUGCAACUUUUGCCCGAAAACCUUCAACUCGAACUCGAAUCUGUACUCUCACCGGCGGAAAAUGCAUCCGAUCGAGUACGCCGAAUGGAAACUUGCGCUGCAGCUAAAGAAACGACCGGCCUCGCAGAUGCCACCCGGUAUAACGGCGAGCACUGUGGUGACGACGUCUGCCGCUGCAGUGGCAGCCGCUACCGCAGCUGCUGCCCUGGUCGACAUGCCACCGUUUCUGCCAGCAGCGCUGAUGCCGUCCGAGGGGGGCGAAAACUACGUUUGAGCGAAACGUUGUGUUUAAAUUAUCUCUCGUAAGUAAGUAGCAUUACAGAAUUGAAUUG